AGGUCACACACCCAAUGAACUACAUUGCCCACAAUUCCACCGAUCACUGGUACUCUGAGCUGUGCCUGGUGACCAUGGAGUUUUCUAGGGCUAUCUGACGCAGGGUAGAGGGAUAAAAACACUGAAAUAACUGAGCUGCAAACGAGUUUGACACAAAUAGACCCGGAUCUUUUGAAAACUGAAAAUGGGUUCCCGAAUAAAGGGCAAUCCGGAGACCGCGUUUGAAGUCUAUGUUGAAGUCACUCAUCCUGGGAGCAGCAGUUCAGAUCCUGAGGUGCGGCGGCAGUUCCCUGAUGACUACAGCGACCAGGAAGUGCUACAGACUUUGACCAGGUUUUGCUUCCCCUUCUGUGCGGACAGCCUAACGGUCAGCCAAGUCGGCCAGAACUUCACGUUUGUGCUCACUGACAUUGACAGCAAGCAGAGGUUUGGCUUCUGCCGAUUAUCUUCUGGAGCCAGAAGCUGCUUUUGUAUCCUGAGCUAUCUUCCAUGGUUUGAAGUUUUCUACAAGCUCCUUAAUAUCCUUGCUGAUUACACAGCCAAGGGACAGGACAGCCAGUGGAAGGAGCUGCUGGACACACUCCAUACCCUCCCGAUCCCCGACCCAGGCGUGCCUGUACACCUCAGCGUGCAUUCCUACUUUACUGUGCCUGAUAUAAGAGAACUCCCCAGUAUACCAGAAAAUAGAAACCUAACUGAAUAUUUUGUAGCAGUAGAUGUCAAUAACAUGCUUCAUCUGUAUGCUAGUAUGCUUUAUGAACGUCGAAUCCUCAUCUGCUGUAGCAAACUCAGCACUUUAACUGCCUGUGUCCAUGGGUCGGCAGCCAUGUUAUACCCCAUGUACUGGCAACAUGUUUACAUUCCCGUUCUCCCACAACAUCUGAUUGACUACUGCUGUGCCCCCAUGCCCUACCUCAUAGGAGUGCAUUCAAGUUUGAUGGAGAAAGUGAAAAGCAUGGCCCUGGAAGAUGUGGUCAUCCUAAACGUAGACACAAACACACUGGAAACACCAUUUGAUGAUCUUCAAAGUCUUCCUAAUGAUGUGGUUUCUUCUCUUAAGAACAGACUGAAGAAAGUGUCCACGACCACGGGGGAUGGGGUGGCUCAUGCGUUCCUCAGGGCCCAGGCAGCGCUGUUUGGCAGCUACAGAAAUGCCCUGAAGAUUGAACCAGAGGAACCAAUAACGUUCAGCGAAGAAGCCUUUGUGUCUCAUCGGUCAAGCGCCAUGCGGCAGUUUCUGCAGAAUGCCAUUCAGCUCCAGUUAUUCAAACAGUUUAUUGAUGGCCGCUUGGAACUUCUCAACUCUGGAAGAGGCUUCAGUGAUGUCUUUGAGGAAGAAAUCAACAUGGGAGAAUAUGCAGGUACUGAUAAAACCUACCACCAGUGGCUUUUCACAGUGAAGAAAGGCAGCGGAGCCAUUAUAAAUACAGUGAAAACGAAAGCCAACCCUGCCAUGAAAACAGUCUACAGAUUUGCCAAGGACCACGCCAGAAUGGGUAUAAAGGAGGUGAAAAAUCGGUUGAAACAGAAGGAUAUCGCUGAAAACGGAUAUUCUGUGGCCACGGACGAAAUGCAACCGAGGGUCACCGCAUCCCCAUCGACGGAGAGGAAGGAGGGAAAGCAGAGGGAGGAGCGCAGGCCAAUCACAGUGCAUUUUGGGCAGCCUGAGCAACAGCGCCCCCCCCGGCCUCCCCCUCCAAAGCUCCAGCGCUCCACCCGGCCCGUCCGCCCCACCAGGCCCCCAGUUGUGAAGAGACCAGGGAGCAAUGUGGUGGAUGAAGGGGGAAGGACCUCGGUAUCUAGCCCAGAACACAUGGCCAGGCCCACCCGGCACUACACCAUCUUCCUGUCUGAGGAUUCUUCUGGGGACGAGCUCCAGCAUGAGCACCAAUCUGUCUCGGCCUUCUCUGAGAACUUUCUCUUCUCCGCUCCCUUUGAAUGGCCUCAGCCCUACAAGACACUGAAGGAGGCUGAUAUUGCAGAGGCUGAGAAGGGGAUGGGCCACACAGCCCCUCCCAGCCCUGUUGCCUCACAGAGGAUCACAGAGAUUAACCUGCUGGGCGAUAUCUUCAGCAGUCUGGACGUGGACUCGGAGAAGCAGCCCCUGAGCCAAGCCAAGAGUCUGGAGGACCUGAGGACCCCCAAAGAGGAGGGACCACAGCAGCUCAAGUUUGGCUAUCAGCGAAUGGACUCAGCUUCAGACAACAGGACCAGAACGUUACCAGGAAUGAAGCAUUCCAAUCCUUACAACAAGCUGUGGAGCGUGGGUCAAGACGACAUGUCCACCCCCCCCAACACCUCCCUCAGCUCCUCAGAGCAGCCCCUGGCUAUCCCUCCAGCCGUCUCCUCCGAACAGCAGCGCCCCCCAAGCACAGAGGGCAUGUUGGAGAAGACAGAGCACCUCUCCGGCAGCCAGAGUAACAUCACCAUCCCUCGACCGCAUGGAAGGAGAACCCCAGAGCUGGGCAAGGUUCUGCCCCCGCCAGUCCCAGUGCCACGAGUGGGAAAACACCCACCCCUAGCUGGAGCAGUAGACUCUGGAAAGACUUCAUCCAGUUCUGAUUUAGUCUCUGGGUUCUCACAGGAGCUCUUUGGUACCAAAACCAGCAGUCAUGAAUUCAGGCAGGCACUAAACGCGUCUCCCUUGCCUAUGCAUUCAAGUGCCCCUGAUAUUCUGAAGCCUAUUAAAGUCAGUUCAGAAAGUGUUGGACCAGUUGACCUCUUAAGUCUUUUAGAUCCGUUGACCACAGGCGUAGUCUCCCAGAGUAGCAGUCAAGUGCCAAGCCCUGGAAAUUUGUCAGCCCCUACAGUUUCCUCCAGCCCUGCUUUAUUUACAGUGUCCUCCAGCCCUGCUUUAUUUACAGUGUCCUCCAGCCCUGCUUUAUUUACAGUGUCCUCCAGCCCUGCUUUAUUUACCUCUGACUUUAGUUUACCUGCUUCCACGUACAGCCAGCAGCUCGGAUACCCUUCUUCUGCGGUGGCUCAGUUUCCACCAUCAUCGCUCAAUCCAUUUACAAAGCCUGGCCUCCACUACCCUGCAACCGCUCCACCAGGUGCUCAUUAUGUUGCCCCUGCACGCAAUCCUUUUAGCUCAAACUAUAUGUACCCUAAUGUGGGAUUCUUCCAAGCCCCAGCUAGACCUCACUUUGCCGCUCCGUCUCUUCCGGGAGUGUUUGGUCAGCCUUCUGCGUUGGGACAAGCUAGCGGAGCUUUUAUUCAUCAGAGCCCAAGCCCAGUGCCACCCAGCUAUGACCCACUGAUCCCCCCAAAGCGGGUCCACGCCAUGAGUGACAGUCCGCUACCCCCGUCCAAAUCACAAGAGGAGCCACAAGACCCGUUCGAGGAUUUGUUAAACGUAACGAAGGAGGACAUAGUAGUCCCAGGGCAGGGCCGAGUGGUACAGCUAAGAAAGAGAUGGGAGACCUUUGAGUAAAUACCAGGAAUAACUAGGACAACAGGCUGGAACUUAAGAGACAAAAUGGGAGAGCACUACUGCUGGACAGAACUGGAUUUUAGCUGGCAUUAAGUUUGUAAUGAAACGGCUGUCCUGCGUUUUCGCUGAUGAUUUAGUAACUAGUGUUUGACUAGUGUUUGACUGAGCCACCUUAAAUCCAGUGGCUGUAAUGUAUUCUGUUAUGAUAUUUGUAAGUUACCGGUCACUUCUCGCCUUGAUCUGAGCCUUCUUAAACACACACUAUUAUAAGCCCUUGCUUACGCAGUGCAAUUCCACCAUGUUCUGCCGUGUUUAAUGCAUUUUUUGUUGCCUUUUUGUGUUGCUUUUACUGAAAGUGUUGGUUCUUAUUGUCACUGAUGUGGCCUGUACUCACAAUUACAGCUUUGAUGUUGUUUGUCUCUUUUCACCUUGGUUCAGUUUCAUGUAUAUCUGGUAGUUUUAAGGCAAAGCUCUCUAGUCAAGCUGGGGUUUCUUCACCUUCUGUACUAGUUAGAUUUUUGUAGAACUCAAGUUGACUGAACAGAAACAGUACCUGUUAGUUUUGUAUAUAAGGAUUCAUCAAUAUACAGAAAUGAUUCUCCUGUAAUAUUUUUUUGAAGAAACCAGUGUUAUUUUAUGUUUUUCAAUUCAGAUAUAGAGUUUGUGUUUCUGACUCAAGGUGAUAUUGUGGUGGUGUGUUUUGCUCCCAUAGCAUUGCUCAACAGUGUACUUAACCUGCCUACAAUAGCAAGUGGCCUUCCAGGCAUAAAAAGUAGUUACAAUUACAUCCAUGUCAUUAAUCAAGUUGGUCGAUUUGCGUAAACCCUGUGGGUUAUACGUCACCCUUUAAUUUAAAGUAAAGCUGUGAAAAAUAAAUCUGAAGAGCUGGAGUGUGUCUAUUGCUAUAGGUUCCUUACUCAUUUAAAUUAUGUGGGUAAGUAGUGAGAUUCUGAGCUGAUAUUUAAAAUGUGUAGACAUACUUCCAGUAUGUUCUGCUGCUUUACUUUGUAUUAGAUUUAGCAAUGUUUUUCCCAUUGUUGUGUGCUGAAUGUCUGUAAGUUGUUGGCUUGUUGUGUUUCUUUUGUAUUCAGUUUGGAUUGCAGAUGCAUCACAUACAGCUUAUUGGUCCCUAUAACAGCCUGUGCAGCACGCGGUCUACAAUAGAGCGCAAGUAAUUAGGUACCAACAAAAGCUUGUAAUCUAUAUUGCAGUUAAUGGAGAUAUGCAGAGAACUAGAAGAUCUUCAGCACUAGAAAAGGGGUUGCUUGUGCAAGUAAGUGGUAAGAAAUAACCCUUGGUUAUAACUUAAUUUAUAGUUAUGUAUAAAAUACACAGUAGAGGUCGCUAUAUUUCAAGCAUCAUAAUGCAAGUACCACAAGUACCAAAAAUGUUUUCCCAUAUUAUAAAAACCAUGCCCUCCAUGAUGGGAAAUUCCUUGGAUGAUGAAUGUGUGACUGACGACUGUAGCCAGUGUUUGUCAUCUAGCAGGUACGCCAGCUGUGUCAAGUAUUGUUGAUUAGUCAUCAAGAGUGUAUUGCAUGGGACCAAUGCCAACCCCAGUGCCUGUGCAGAUACAGACUAUGAUACUAUACUAGAUAUUUGUUCUUGUUGGUGUGUUUUCUGUGUUUGCUUGUGCAUUUAUAGACUGCAGUCUGUCUCAACCUGCCCUGUAUAUUUAUUGAUACUCAACCUAGCAUUCACUGGGCAAAGCGUAGUUGACUGGACUAGGCUCGUCUAUUGCCUUCAUUGUAGAUGAAGCAGUGGACUAGACACAAUAUUAGGAAAGCACCAGAAACAAGCCAAUGUGACUCUUUCUUUUGAGUGUUUGUCUUUCUGGUCUUAAUACCAGAACACACAGGCAUGCAACCAAGUGUAAACUGCAAACAGCAAUACAAUAAAAAUGAGCCUUAUUUGAAGGCCUUUUGAUCAAUAUUGUGCCAUCUUAUCUGUUUACAUCAAGAGUUAAAUAGAUGGUCUGUGUUAGAUCCAGUACAUUUAAAUACGAUCAGUCACGUUUACCCACAUGGGUCCCAGAACACUUUGACAUAUUUGUGUUUUAAUGCCAGUAUAUUGACAAUCACACCGAUACAUGUAUUUAUAUUGCUGUUUAAUCAGAGUCUAGUAAGCCCAGUUCACUGCCCCGCCUCACCUAUUUGUGUUGUCUUCCAUUGAAAUGAUACUAUAGAACUUUACAAUAUACAGCUUUUGGACUGAAGUACAAAUUCAAACACUAAUAAUUUGUUACCGCGUCUGAAAAUGUUUUUGUGCGAUUGUGAUCGUUCUGUUUUUAUUAUUUCAGUUGUGGUGGUAUUGAGGUUCAUCAUCCUUUAGAUAAAUUAAACUGACCCCUGAAUAUUGCACUAGUCUUGGCAGUUAUUCGUGUUUCUGACCUUGUAAAGUGAUGAGGGCACUAAAUGUUUAUUAUUAUUAUUAUUAUUAUUUAUUUCUUAGCAGACGCCCUUAUCCAGGGCGACUUACAAUUUAUUUUUUACAUACAAUUACCCAUUUAUACAGUUGGGUUUUUACUGGAGCAAUCUAGGUAAAGUACCUUGCUCAAGGGUACAGCAGCAGUGUCACCUACCAGGGAUUGAACCCACGACCCUCAGGUCAAGAGUCCAGAGCCCUAACCACUACUCCACACUGCUGCCCUAGAAUAGUUUAAUAAAAAUAUGGCUUUAUCCUUUGUGUUGAAAUCAGUAGCACUACACUCCAGCCAGCUGCACGUCAUUGGAAAGAUUACUGCCAUGUUAAAUACUUUAUACAAACUUUGGUUUAGGUGCGAUCCACACAGAUGUUAUGUUGCACACUAGCUUUUUAUCAUGCUUGUACCAUGCUUCUUAUAUGCAUUUACAUUGAUUUAUCAUGGGUUUUAUCAUGCUUAACCACACUUGCCUGUACUUUAUCAAGGUAUCACUGUUUUACUUCACUUAGCUAUGUCUAGAAUGGUAUACUGCAGUUAAACUAAUUUGUAUUGGGGGUGGAGUCAGGUAUAUUAUUGGCUACACCAUUAGUAAAGAGAUGUAUUAUAUGAAUUGUUCUUAUUAUUUCUCCUUAUUCAUUCAAACAUAAGGGUAAACAAUAAAAUACAUAGUUACUUAAAACAUUUCUCCUUAAAGAACUGGUCCAGUUCAUACUAUUCUUUUCUGUCAAAGAAAACAAAAUAUUGUGCUUUCGUUGUGCUUAGCUCAAUAGAGUUAUUUUUGUUUUUAUGAAAUCUGAAAUGCUGUAUAUAAGUCGCAGGUGAAAAAAGUGUUCCUAAAGGAUUUGCUGACAAACUUAAUAUUACAGUGAGUUGAGAGGCUCCAGUACUAUUGGUUCUGAAUGAGCCUUGAUUCCUUUGUUUAAUAUUACAGUGAGUUGAGAGGCUCCAGUACUAUUGGUUCUGAAUGAGCCUUGAUUCCUUUAUUUAAUAUUACAGUGAGUUGAUAGGCUCCAGUACUAUUGGUUCUGAAUGAGCCUUUCUUCCUUUAUUUUAUAUUACAGUUAGCUGAUAGGCUCCAAUACUAUUGAUUUUCUAUGAGCCUUGCUUCCUUUGUUUAAUAUUACAGACAGAUAGUUGAUAGGCAGUUAGUUGAUAGACUACAGUACUAUUGGUUCUGUAUGAGCCUUGCUUCCUUUGUUUAAUAUUAGUUAGCUGAUAUUGGUUCUGUAUGAGCCUUGCUUCCUUUGUUUAAUAUUACAGUUAGCUGAUAUUGGUUCUGUAUGAGCCUUGCUUCCUUUGUUUAAUAUUACAGUUAGCUGAUAGGCUCCAGUACUAUUGGUUCUGUAUGAUCCUUGCUUACUUUGUUUAAUGUGUUUUUGGCACUUGAACAGGCAAAACAAGAAAACCAGCGAUGACUUGAAACGAACACUAAUCCUGCAGCCAGUCUACUAAGUAUAUUAUUGAAAUGGUUAAGAGCCACGCAUUCAAUGGUAAUAAAUUGUUCAUCCCUUCUAGCUGCAUGAGCAGCUCCUAUUAGUAACCCUACAGACUCGAGAGAUGUAUUCAUGUGUAAUGAGAAGUGUGAUCAGCUCAUUCAGACCAGGGUCUGCUUGUUUAAACUCAUUUCAGUAAUACACCUACAGAAGGGUUCAUCUGAAACACAUAACUGGGUGCUGCUUUAGUGCAGGUUUUAAGCCACGGAUUAAUUAUUUGAAUGGUUUGAAAAUAAAUCUGUAUAUUUAAUAUAGGGUAGUCAACUCCAGAAAUGGUAUAAGUAAAUUAUUUUUCUUAGCGAGUCCAUAAACUGUUGAAUAAUAGGUAUUUUAGAUUAUCAGGCUGUACACCAAGCCAAAUGAAAUAAGUAGAAAAAAAUCUGGGUUUUAAAAAACUAUUUGAACGCCAUAAAAACGUAUUAUAGGAAAGUUACGCAAUGUUGGUCCCCCAUUAUUUCAACUACUGCUGGAAAAAAAUAGACAGUGAGGUGCCACUUCCCAAUUUUACAAAGCAGAUGUUUUCCCUUAGCUUUUAAUGUUGAUCGCUGUGAAGAAGGCUGGUUCUGUACAGUGUGUUGCAGUUAAGUGAUAUCCUGCUAUACAACACACCCAGGGGAAGUAAGGAGAUCAGAUGAAGAAUUAGCAGCCUAGAUUGCAUGGAAAGGUACUUCAGAAAGAGGUAGAGCUGCUAGCACAGACUGGAAUAACGGCUUUAAGGACCAACUUUUCCAGUAAUGAGAAUAUUUUAAAAUGCACUUUUUUCCUUAAUAGAACUAAAAAUGAAACCUGCUAUAAUCUCUACAGGCGUGUUGGAGAUUAUAUUUUAAAAGGUAUUUUAUUGUUUUCUCCAGUAAUAACCCUGAUGCUAACUUUGUGUUCAUAAUUUGAAAAGAAGCCAAAGAAUACAAAGCCUGGGGAUUGACAGGGUGUGUGUUAUACAUGUUGCUGAUGAAUAACAAUACAUUUUAUACUCAGGUGCCCCACUUUUCUCUCCUUUUUCACAAUGAAACUGCAAAUCACUGAGAGGUGGAUUCAACCCCAACCCCGAGGCGGUUUAUGACCUGCGUUACCUCCCUGUUCUAUGGUGACAUUUAUUCAAAUUUCAGAGACACGUUUUCUUUAAUGUUGUCACAGGAGUUUUUUUUUUGGUGUGCUCUGACAGUGCUGUCCAAUAGCCUGUAGGCCAUUGCAUACUGAAUGUUUCCUUAUCUGAAUUGAACACACAAAAUUGGCAUAAACAUUAAUUAAGUAUUAAGUCUAUAUUUGUUUCACAGGGUAAUGCAUUGAUUUUAUAGACACCGAUCAAUGAGAUUCACUGCAGUCAUCUCCAAAACUUCAUCUUCACACAGAACACAAACACAUUACAGCACAGUCUGCAACGGCUUUAAGUUUGAAUAGUGCCACGAAACAGGGACAUAACUUGGGGCAGCACUGUGUUGCAGAAUGAAUGUGCCACUUUGUCGGUAGUAAAAUGUUCUUUUGUGAACCUCUUGUAAUAUGUGAGAAACUCCGUAAAGAAAAAUGCUUCCUGGACAAUGUAAUUCUUUUCUUCUCUGGUGCCUCUGAAGUCCUUGUAGAAUGGACGCCUUCUGUUUUGAUUCUUUGCAUUGCUGUACAUGUUCAAUUGUUUGUAUUGGAUGUUUGCUCCUGGAUAAAACUGUGUUCCUGUCGUCGUGAUUUUUUCUGAUGAACGUGACUGAUUUGGGUUGGGAGUGGAGCGUGUGUUUUAAUAUGUUUUCCGCUCAAUGCUGCUGAUUAUUGUGUGUCAUUUUUAUUUUGAUUCCACAUGUUUAAAAAAAAACAAAAAAAACCAAAAAAAAAAACCAACGCUUUGUUGCAUGUUUUUCACUGCAUGUUAUUAUAUUUAUAUAUAUAUAUAUUUUUAAAAUUUCAAUCAUUGUGUGCUUUUAACAGACAUUGCGUAGACUUUUUAAAUAAAACUUGCAUCCCAAACUACCAUCCCAGACUUGUUUAAGAUUUAAUUUCUACUGGUGGGAAAGAAAGUUGUCAUUUCUAUUCUGGUUACAAUUUGCCUGUGUGUUUCUCUGCUGCAGACCCCUUAUCCACACUUUUUAUAGUACUCGCUGUAAAACAAACCACCUGUAACUCUGAGUUAAUAUUGGGACGUUAAUGGCACUAACAAUGUAGCUAAUCUCACCAUGCUUGUUAAAACAUGUAACUAUGUGUAAAGAACAAAAUAUGAAUAAAAUGUGUAUAGUGUAUGCCCAAUUAUUUUACCCCCGAUUUUGACCCCAACAAAGAAUUACUCCAAUUACUCUCUCUAACCAUAGCAAUUCCCACAAAUGUCCAAUCCCAUGACCACAGCAAUUGACUACACCCAGGAACUCGAGAUCAGAUGUCUGUGAGUUACUGACCUAUGGACUAGAAUGGCCAGUCCUGCAGAUGUCUGUGAGUUACUGACCUAUGGACUACAAUGGCCAGUCCUGCAGAUGUCUGUGAGUUACUGACCUAUGGUCUACAAUGGCCAGUCCUGCAGAUGUCUGCUUGAGCUUACCGACCCCUAGCCAGAAGGCUGUGCUAUAGCGUGAUGAAGAGAAGCGCUCCCUGUCAAUUCUGAAAACAACGCUUCCUGUGGAAUUCCCAGCGAUGACCAGCGACAUUGAAGCCAUGAAGCAAACCUGCAGAAACUGUAUGACUCACCCUGCACACCACACGGUCAUGCAUUUACCAGAGACUCUCGGGACCUCACACAAUGAGAUUUCUGUGACACAUUACAACAACACAGCCUUCUCUGCUUACAGGGAGACCAAUUUGAAUCUUUUUGGUCACUGAAAACUAAACACAUUUUGCAAGUAAUUGUAAGUUUACACAACUGUUUUCUGAUUAUUUUUUUGUUUUAAUUCACUUUUAUUUUAGAAUAUUUUGGGUUAUUGUUUUAAGGUUGUUUGACUUGUAAAUGAGAUUGUAAUAGAAAUGUUUACUGUUCCAAUUGUAUGCACAACAGGGAUUCAUGUGUAUUGACAUAUGACAGCAAACAUUUCAUGUGGAAAACUCAAAGUUGCGUGGUGGAUAUGUGUAUAGAACUCUUUUAAACGAUGUGAAAUCCGUGCCAAAAUACAUCAAAACUAGCAAUGCAAUAAGAGGCCAUGGCUGUCUAAUAGAGCUCUAAACUAUGGUCUUUUGAUUUUGAGAUGAAGUAGAAAGACUGCAAGGGCAAUUGGUCCACCUUUGCUUGAGUUUGGUACAGUUGAAGUACAGCAACAUUGUUUUACAGUUUUAUCUUUCAUACUUUAUGACAUUGUAUUUUAUUCAAUGUCAUAGUUCACACGUUUGUCAUUUGCAGAGAUAUCUGCAUUUGACAAUUAUUAGAACAUACUUCACAUAAAAUGAUGUUAUCAGAUGAAAAUUACCAGUCUGACAAUUUCACAAAGGCAGGAAGUAAAUUAAAACCCCCAUUAGUUCAACCCAGUGAAAUUGGCAAAACGUUAUUCAUGUGCCUAGUAAACAUUGAUGCCCAUAGUGCUAAAAGAAUACAUGUAGACUUCCACCAAGAUAUCUUUAUCACCAUCUAGAACCUAACUGUACAUACAAAC